AGUGUUCUGUCGGAUAAUUUCUUUCGAAUAAAAUUCCUUAUUCGCGAAUAAAGAAUAACAUUAUUCGUAUUCGUUAUUCGUCGAAUAAAUGACAGUUAUUCGUAUUCGUUAUUCUUUAUCUUUUAGAAAAAAAUUAUUCGUUGUCCGCGAAUAACAUUUCGAAUAAAUAAAUCGAAUCACUUUCGAAUCAAUGUUGCAUUUUGGGAUACUGUUUAAGGCACAUUUAGCGCCAGCGCCACCUGUGGUGAGACAGAGGAAGACAACUUUUAGGGGGUUGAAGCUCCACCCCCAUUGCUAGGGAAAGGAAUUGCCUAGAGGGUGGUGCUUCAACCACCGAAAUUUGUGUUGUAGCAAAUUCCUAAGUUACACUAAGUGGCGCUAUGAGUCAUCACAAAUCGCUAUGUUGGGCAUUAACUGGAAACUGGGUUCUGCAAAAAUUUAAAUUCCAAUUAAAUCUUAAAUGUGGUAGGAAGCCAAGACCGAAAAACUUUUAUUUUGUUUUUUCAUAAAUCAAUUUCGUUUACCCAUUCUCUUAAAACCUUUUACUAAUUGAUUAAAAUCCGAAAUUUUCUUAUCUUUUAUUCGAAAAUUUAUUCGAAACUUUAUUCUUAUUCGUUAUUCGUUAUUCUAUUCGAAAAUUCGAAUAAGACCCUUAUUUUUAUUCGUAUUUGUUAUUCGUCGAAUAAAUGAAAGUUAUUCGUGAUUCGACUACGCUCAAAUCACGAAAAACCUUAUUCGACAGAACACUGCUAAAAACCCUGGAAAACCAUUUUUAUCUAAAUGUAGUCUGCUACAGUCAAAUGGAAAAUUUCGAAAUCAAAACAAAAAAAAAUCUUAUCUUUUCAUUGGCUCUGAAUUUUUGUUGCUGUCAAAUAGCUACGACUACAGUUUAAGGAGUAAACUCAUUUAGUUUAUUGAUGGACACAAUUUAUUACCAUGGGCAACAACAUAUCUAACGUUGAUAGUAAACCUGUCGUUAUAAUACUAGGUGGAUUAGUAACAAGUUCAUCCAUUUUAGCAGUUUGGUUUUUCUAUGACCGAAUUAAUCGAGCAACGAGAUUCGAUAACUUAAAGGAAACAAAUUGUAACAUAGAGCAACUCAAUUCUGCAAUAGAUAUUCUCAGAAAGGAGAUAGAAGAGCUCAAGGCAGCAUCUUCAAAAGUUGAUCUCAACAAUGAAAAAGAUGAAGAUUGCAAGUCGAAAAAGUCAUUCAAAGUUGUCCGUUUUAAAAACACUUUAUCAUAUAUGUCUUCUACUAGUGAUGUUGAAUAUCAGUCUGCAUGGUCUGAUAAUGAAGGCUCAACUGAAGAAUUUUUUGAUUUCCCUGAAAAUGAUCUUGGCGACCAGAUAAAUAUUACCAAUAUUUCAAGUGAAGCUAUAGAUCUGUUUGAUAAAGUUGACAGUUUAUUAGAAGGAUCUUCUGCUGAUCAUGAAGUUGCAUUUAGAUUACUAACUGAUCAUGAAAGUGAGUUUGAUUGCAAUGUGGAAUUUUUAUGGCGGAUUGCAAAAUCCUGCAGAAUGGCUGCUCAAGCUUCUCCUGAUCCAAAUAGACAAAAGGAACUGAGCUUCAAGGCUGUUGAUUGGGCAAAAAAAGCUUUGAGUGCAGACGAAUCAAACGCGGAAGCCAAUAAAUGGUUUGCUAUCUCAUUGGGUGCCACAAGUUGUUACGUUAGCGUUUCAGAAAAAAUCCGCAAUGGUGUCCUUUUCAAGGAAUACAUAGAUAAAGCUAUUCAAAUUAAUCCUUCAGACUACCUUCUUCAUCACCUUCUCGGACGAUUCAGUUUUGAGGUAUCUUCUUUGUCAUGGAUUGAGCGAAAGGUUGCAGCUGCACUUUUUAAAGAUAUUCCAAGUGGGUCCAUUGAAGAAGCGCUGUCGCAUUUUUUGCAUUCAGAUAAACUUCGAGCCAAGCCAUCAAAAACAAACUCCCUCUACAUUGCCAAAUGCUUCAUUCAGUUAGGGAAGUAUGACCAAGCCAUGCACUGGAUCAAUCUUGCAUUACCAAUUUCGGUUAUGACUACAGAGGAUCAGUCAUCACACGAUGAGUUACUUAUUUUGCAUUCUAAAUAUAACAGUUACUUGUAAA